AUGAUUGAGAUGGUUGGUGAAUUUGGAAGAGGCAUUAAUGCUCCCUCUUACCAUGAAAUACGAGUUACAUUGUUGAAAAAGGAAGUUGAUUACAUCAAGUCAUUAGUGGAAGAUUACAAAAGGGAGUGGAAAAAGACUGGUUGUACAUUAAUGAGUGAUGGAUGGAGUGAUCGGAAAAACCGAUCAAUAUGUAAUUUUCUUGUAAACAGUCCUAGAGGGACCAUCUUUUUAGCAUCAAUCGACACAUCUAAUAUUAUCAAGAGAAAAGAACAAGUAUUUGCAAUGUUAGAUGACUUUGUUGAAAAAAUAGGAGAGGAAAAUGUUGUUCAAGUAGUGACAGAUAAUGCUGCAAAUUAUAAGGCAGCUGGAGAAAUGUUAAUGAAAAAGAGGAAGAAACUUUUUUGGACACCAUGUGCAACUCAUUGCAUUGAUCUAAUGUUGGAGGAUUUUGAAAAAAAGGUUGAAGAACAUAAGGAAACCAUCACAAAAGGAAGAAAAAUAACAAGCUUCAUCUAUAAUAGGUCACGAUUGAUUUCUGUGCUGAAAGAAUUUACAAAAGGGAAAGAACUUCUUAGACCUGGAGCAACUAGAUUUGCCACUUCUUAUCUUACACUAGGUCGUUUGUUUGAACUGAAAGGUGCUUUGAUCUCGAUGUUUGCUUCCGAAAAAUGGUUGUCUACUUGAUGUGGAAAGAAUAUUGAGGAUAUAAUUAUGGAUCGUCAAGGAUUUUGGCCAUCAGUUGUGACGUGUUUAAAGGCCGCAAGUCCUCAAAUGAAGGUUCUUCGUUUGGUUUAUUUAGAUUCUAAACCAACCAUGGGUUUCAUUUACCAAGCCAUGGUAAAUGUAAAAAACGAAAUUAAAUCAAACUUUACAAAUGUCCAGACAAGGUAUGAACCCAUCCAUGAGAUCAUUAACGAAAGAUGGUAUAAUCAACUUAAUAGGGCGCUCCAUGUGGCGGGUUAUUUCUUGAAUCCAAUGAUGCAAUAUAGCUUUGACUUUAAGAAUACAUGA